UUGCAAUUUAAUUUGCAACUUGGAUUUUAGAAGUUUUUUAAAGAAUAGAAAAGUUUAAAAAAAUGUGUACAUAAAUAAAUUCAACGCAGGCGCUAAAAUCUUAUCUGCCCAAUUAUAACAGUGGAGCAGGUUUGUAUACCUGAUUUAACUCGACGUAACCAGUCCGUGGAAGGCCUGCGGCAAAUUUGUUCUUGCCCCAUCCAGGUGUUUCCCUGGGAGAAUUGAGAAUAUUAGGCGAUUUGCUCCUAGAUCAAACAUGUUUGCCCAAAUACCUCGAUCCGCCUUAGCUGGACUUACAAGGUCUUCAAGAUUAACUGUAAACAGUCAGAAACCUUUGAUAGUGGAGUCACUCAAUUUUCUAAAUGAAGAACCUAAAAGGUGUUACCAUGAAGUGGUGGGAGAUAUUGUUACCCCUGGACAAGUCAGAGGUAUUGAUCAUCUUAGGGAUCCGCGUCUAAAUAAGGGCCUGGCAUUUACCCUUGAAGAACGCCAAGCCUUGGGCAUUCAUGGCCUCCAACCAGCCAGAUUUAAAACGCAAGAAGAACAACUAGAACUUUGUAGAAUAUCGAUCGAACGCUACCAAGAAGACUUGAAUAAGUACCUGUAUCUUACCGAGCUGCACGACCGAAACGAGAAACUGUUCUUCAGACUGCUUACGGAGAAUAUCGAGGGAUUAAUGCCCAUAGUCUAUACGCCUACCGUGGGGUUGGCUUGUCAAAAGUUCGGACUCAUCUACAGAAGACCGAGGGGCCUGUUCAUCACCAUUAACGACAUAGGACAUGUCUUCGAUGUCCUUAAAAACUGGCCUGAACCAAACGUAAAAGCAAUAGUAGUAACCGAUGGAGAGCGUAUUUUGGGCCUUGGCGAUUUGGGUGCCUGUGGUAUGGGCAUUCCUGUGGGAAAACUUGCCUUGUAUACCGCCCUUGCCGGUAUCAAGCCUCACGAAUGUCUUCCUAUAGUGCUUGAUGUAGGAACAAAUAACCAGACCCUACUUGAAGAUCCUUUAUAUGUAGGUCUACGACAGAAGCGUGUGACGGGAAAAUUAUAUGACGACUUUCUUGACGAAUUUAUGGAGGCAGUUGUGAAACGUUAUGGCCAAGAUACCUUAAUUCAAUUUGAGGAUUUCGGAAAUCACAAUGCUUUCAGGUUACUCAAGAAAUAUAGGGACUAUUACUGCACUUUUAAUGAUGAUAUUCAAGGUACCGCUAGCGUAGCGGUGUCAGGUCUUAUGGCUAGUCAUAGAAUUACCGGAAGAAAGUUUUCUGAUAAUACCAUCUGCUUCCUGGGUGCUGGAGGUGCCUCCUUAGGUAUCGCUGACUUAGUAGUAAGAGCUAUGGUUCUGGAAGGAGCCUCCAUAGAAGAUGCCAGAAGCAAGAUUUGGAUGUUUGACAUUGACGGUUUGUUGGCUAAUGAGAGGCCUGAGGGUAACCUGGAGGGUCAUAAAAAGUACUACGCCAAAGAUCACGCUCCUUCAAAAGAUUUCGCUGCAUUGGUCAACGAAAUUAAACCGUCAAUUUUAAUUGGUGCUUCUGCGACCGGAGGUGCCUUUACACCCGAAAUAUUGACGGCAAUGGGCAAGUUUAAUGAGAAACCCGUUAUAUUUGCGUUGAGUAAUCCAACAAAUAAGGCGGAGUGUACAGCGGAACAGGCUUACACUUGCACGGAGGGCCGCUGCGUUUUUGCUAGUGGUUCUCCCUUCCCACCCGUAACCAUCAACGGGAAGACGUUUAAACCCGGUCAGGGCAACAACGCGUACAUUUUCCCCGGAGUCGCGUUGGGAAUUUUGUUAUCUGGAAUCCACCACAUCAGCGAAGACGUGUUUCUCAUCGCCUCGCAUACAGUCGCUGAAAAUGUAACGGAAGACGAUUUGGGCAAGGGAAGGAUUUAUCCACCACUAAGGGACAUUCAUGAGGUGUCUAUUCAAAUAGCGAUCAAGAUUUUGGAGUAUGCCUACAAAGAAAGGCUCGCAACAGUCUACCCUAAACCCAAGGAUCUUCGGAGGUAUGUAGAGGAGCAACAGUACAACUUUAACUACGAGCCGUCUCUUCCCAACUUGUGGCCAUGGCCUAAGGCCCCUUACAUCAAAACGAAAUCAUUGAGCGCCACAAGCAUCAAAUCAUAACGGGAACUGCCAUAAUAACGUUUUUAGAGCAAGCUGUUAAUUUAUUUCACCAAUUAUUAGGAUUUAGAUUGUUGAUUUUUAUUGUUGGUUAAUAAUACAUAAUACGUAAUUCCUUACGCAACUUUAUUGUGAUGUUAAUCUGAUUUUCGUAUAUUGACGCUUAGUGGCCCAAAAUAAUUAAUAAGUGAAAUGUUAAUACAAAAAAUUUCGAUUUUUUCGUCCAUAUGCUUUUUUUAUUGUGAAAGUACUUACUAGUCGGCGCCACUAAUAUUCUUUAGUUACGCACGUUUGAUGUAUCAAAAAUACUACUGCAUUCGUACGUGAAGUAUUAGAAAAGUAUUUAUUUCAUUCACUAAAUUUACUUGUAUUUAUUAUAUUAGGAAUUAUAAAAAUGAUUAAGGUUGUAUUAUUUUUGGUGCCAUUUUUUUGUAUCUAAAAUGGGCCAUAUAUGAUUUUUAUUACUUUUGAAACGCUUUGUUCAGUAACGUCAGUAUUUUUGUUCUAUUCAUGAAAGUUAGCAAAUAAAUAUACAUGAUACAGUUACAA